AAAUCUUUGGUUAGGUUCUUCCUGUGUCCAAAAACUCACGUAUUGUAUUAAUUUUAAUACUUAUUAAUAUUUAUUUAAUUUAAUACAUUCAUUUUGACUUGUCUGAUAUGUCUAAAAAAUCUAAUAAAAAAAAUAAAAUUGUUGACGAUGAAAAUGACGAUUUCAACCCUAAAAAUAAUGCCCCGUCUAAGAGAAAAGAUUCAAAAAAGAAGGCCCGGGGUGAUUAUAGUGAUGAUGAGGAUAUCAAAUCAAAACCUAAAAUAGAUGAAAAACUAGAAGUGAACUCAAAGAAAAAAUCUAAACAAGAUGAGGACAACCUGGAGCAAAAGUCAGAAACUAAAAAGAAAAUUUCCAAAAAAGCUAAAAAUAAGAACGAUGAUUGGUCUGAUAAAGAGAGUAAUAUAGAAUUGAAAGUAUCAGAAGAUGAAGAAUCUAUUACGCAGGUUAAAAAAAGUAAAAAAGGAAAACAAAGUAAAACUGCUAAGGGUAAAUCCAAAACUGAAAUGUCAGAUGAAGAUAGCGAUGUUGAGUUGAAGAAUUCUGAUGAUGAAACCAUUGGAAUUGUUAAAAAAGGAAAAAAAGGAAAGCAAGGAAAAGAGAGCAAAGGAAAGUCUAAGAUUGCCGCAGAUAGUGAUGAAGAACAGAACCUGGUUGAUGAAGAAAAAGCUCCAGUACCAGUUAAAGGAAAAAAAAGUAAAAAACAAAACAAAACAGGAAAAGGAAAGUCAAAAAAUGAAGAUUGGUCUGAUAAGGAUAGUGAUGUUGAGAUCAAUUUAUCAGAAGAUGAGAGACCAAUUGCUCCAAUUCCCAAAGGGAAAAAAGGGAAGCAGAAUAAAAAUAUGAAAGGUAAAUCCAAAAAUGAGGAUUGGUCAGAUAAAGAAGAAAUUGUAUCAGAAGAUGAGAAAUCUGCUAUACCAGUUCCCAAAGGAAAGAAAGGAAAGCAGAAUAAGCAGGCAAAAGGAAAAUCGAAAAAUGAGGAUUGGUCAGAUAAGGAUGAUCUUGGAGUAGAUAUAUCAGAGGAUGAAAGACCUCCAGAACCAGUCUCCAAAGGAAAAAAGCAGAAUAAGCCCAAAAAAGGAAAAUCGAAGAAGGAUGAUUGGUCUGAUGAGGAUGAUUUCGAAAUAGACUUACCAGAAGAUGAAAAACCUCCUGAACCAGUCUCCAAAGGGAAAAAGCAGAAUAAACCUACAAAAGGUAAAUUGAAAAAAGAUGAUUUGUCUGAUAAAGAUAGUGAUAUGGAGAUUGAAGUAUCAGCGGAUAAAGAAUCACUCAACACAAUGGAGACAGGGAAUGAGGAAAAGAGUUCAAAAGAUAAGUCCGAGAUAGUUGAUCUGCCAGAUGAAAAAAUUGAUACUAAAAAAGAAGUACCAGAAGAACCUAAAAAAAAAGAAAAAAAAGUCAAGUCUAAAGCAGCAUUAGUCGAAGAUAUCAAAGUUGUCGAAGUGAGCUCAGAAGAAUCUCAGAGUAAAAACAAGUCAGCUGAAAAAAUAGAAGAAUCAGUUGAAAAAUUAGCUGAAGAUGUUGAACAGAUAAAGCUCGCUAAUGAAAAGGAAGAGCAGAAGCAAAUUGAGAAUGCUGAAAAAAAAAUUACCCACAAGGAAAAAAAGAAAAUGAAAAAACAACAGGAGUAUGAAAAACAAAUGGAAACAAUGUUGAAAAAAGGAGGACAAGGACAUUCUGAGCUGGAUAGCAACUUCACAGUGUCACAAGCUCAAAAAUCAAAAGGUCAAUUGGAAGCUCUAGAGAAUGCAGUGGACAUCAAGGUUGAAAAUUUCACCAUCUCAGCAAAAGGAAACGAUCUAUUUGUUAAUGCAACUUUAUCAAUUGCCAAUGGAAGACAUUAUGGCCUGGUAGGACCGAAUGGACAUGGAAAAACCACUCUUCUUCGACACAUCGCAUCAAGGGCAUUUGCAAUCCCUCCUAAUAUAGAUAUACUGUAUUGUGAACAAGAAGUGGUGGCUGAUGAUCUCACAGCCGUUGAAUCAGUAUUAAAAGCGGACGUAAAAAGAACAGCAUUAAUGGAAGAAGCUAAUAAACUCGAGAAUGCAUUCAAUCAGGGCGAUUUGGAUGUUCAAGAAAAACUUAAUGAAGUGUAUGCAGAAUUAAAAGCUAUUGGAGCCGAUUCCGCAGAGCCAAAAGCACGAAGAAUAUUGGCAGGUUUGGGAUUUUCAAAGGAGAUGCAGGAUAGAGCAACUAAGAACUUUUCUGGAGGGUGGAGAAUGAGGGUUUCUCUUGCUAGAGCUUUAUAUUUAGAACCUACUCUAUUACUCCUAGAUGAGCCUACAAAUCAUUUGGAUUUGAAUGCAGUAAUCUGGUUGGACAAUUACUUACAAGGUUGGAAGAAAACAUUGCUCAUAGUGUCUCACGAUCAAUCCUUCUUAGAUAACGUAUGCAAUGAAAUAAUUCAUUUAGAUGCACAAAAAUUACACUACUACAAGGGAAAUUACUCUAUGUUCAAAAAGAUGCAUGAACAAAAGAAGAAGGAAAUGAUUAAAGAAUAUGAGAAACAAGAGAAGCGUUUGAAGGAGAUGAAGGCACACGGCACUUCCAAGAAACAAGCCGAAAAAAAACAGAAAGAAGCUUUAACUAGAAAGCAAGAGAAAAAUCGAAGCAAAGUUCAAAAGCAAGAAGAAGCAGUACCCACAGAGCUUUUACAAAAACCUAAAGAUUAUAUGGUUAAAUUUUCGUUUCCGGAACCACCACCUCUGCAACCACCUAUUUUGGGUUUGCAUGAUGUUACAUUUGCAUAUCCAGGACAGAAACCCCUUUUUGUCAAUGUCGAAUUUGGUAUCGAUAUGAGUAGUAGAGUUGCCAUUGUUGGUCCUAACGGAGUUGGAAAAUCUACGUUUUUGAAGUUAUUAACUGCCGACUUACAACCAACCCAGGGAGAAGUUAGGAAAAACUAUAGACUUAGAAUUGGAAGAUUUGAUCAGCAUUCUGGAGAACAUUUAACGGCAGAAGAAACCCCAUCUGAAUAUUUAAUGAGGUUGUUCAAUCUUCCCUAUGAAAAAGCAAGAAAACAAUUAGGUACAUUUGGUCUGGCAAGUUUUGCCCAUUCCAUAAAAAUGAAAGAUUUGUCUGGUGGUCAAAAAGCUCGAGUUGCUUUGGCUGAAUUAUGCCUGAAUGCACCAGACGUUCUGAUUUUGGAUGAACCCACAAAUAAUUUAGAUAUAGAGUCAAUUGAUGCAUUAGGUGAUGCAAUAAAUGAAUUUAGUGGAGGAGUAAUCAUAGUAUCCCACGAUGAGAGACUCAUAAGGGAAACCGACUGUGCAUUAUUCAUCAUUGAAGAUCAGACAAUAAAUGAGAUGGAUGGCGACUUUGAUGACUACAGGAAAGAACUUCUGGAAAGUCUGGGAGAAGUCAUCAAUAACCCUAGUAUAGCUGCCAAUGCUGCUGUUCAACAAUAAAAAAUUAUUAAUUAUUUUAAUAAAAAAAGUAUAUGUUA